AUGAGUUCUCAGCAAAGCCCUGCUAAUUUACAACAGUCGGUUGAAGCGGAAAAAGUUUACCAGUGGAUAAUAGAAUUAACACAUCCUGAUACGAGGGAAAACGCAUUAUCAGAAUUAAGUAAAAAAAGAGAAGUGGUACCUGAUUUGGCACCCAUGUUAUGGCAUUCGUUUGGUACUACGGCUGCACUUUUGCAAGAAAUAGUUAAUAUAUAUCCAGCGAUAAAUCCUCCAACGUUGAAUGCACAUCAAAGCAAUAGAGUUUGCAAUGCAUUAGCUUUAUUACAGUGCGUUGCUUCACAUCCUGAAACUAGGUCAGCAUUUUUACAAGCUCACAUACCUUUGUAUUUAUAUCCAUUUUUACAUACUGUGAGCAAAACGAGACCUUUCGAAUAUUUAAGGCUAACAAGUUUAGGUGUUAUCGGAGCAUUAGUUAAGACUGAUGAACAAGAAGUUAUUACAUUUUUACUUACUACUGAAAUAAUUCCGCUUUGCCUUAGAAUAAUGGAAAGCGGAUCAGAGCUUUCAAAGACUGUUGCUACAUUUAUCUUACAAAAAAUUUUAUUAGAUGACAGUGGACUGUGUUAUAUUUGCCAGACAUAUGAUAGGUUUUCACAUGUUGCAAUGAUAUUAGGUAAAAUGGUAUUGUCACUUGCUAAAGAACCAUCUGCUAGACUUUUAAAACAUGUUGUUAGAUGUUAUCUGAGACUUUCAGACAAUCCAAGAGCAAGAGAAGCUCUUAGACAAUGUUUGCCUGAUCAACUCAGAGAUGCGACAUUUGCCGAUUGUUUACAAGAUGACAAAUCUACGACUCAUUGGUUGACACAAUUGUUGAAAAAUUUAGAACCUGGUACUGGACAAGCUGUUACUGGAUCUGAUCCAAGAGCUGUUGGAAUUUCUCCAUUACUUCAGGCUCAAUGA